CAUGCGGACUACUUCCCAACCAGGAAGGUGUGUGGUCUCACUUUGUCUCCCUCCGCCUCACCCAAGUUGUCGUCUGCGAUUACAAAGUCAAACUUUCGCGUCCAGGGGCCGACAAGUUUUCGUUUCUGGACGGCGACUUGACGUCUCCGCUCGCCUUUCGACGAAAGAAGCGGCCGGGUGGACAAAAUGGACAAAAAAAGAGAAAACGGUCCGAUUUUCCGGGCGACGCUGGCUUUGGUGGACAUCAGUUGAAAGCUCCAGUGCAAGACAGCUAAAGCCUCUUUGUGUGUGGUUUAAUUUGGGCGGGCCAUGCGCUGCCAGCGAGGUUACCUGGUCCUGUGCGUCACCUUGCUGUUUCUCAUCUGGAACGCCGUGCUGGUUUUCCUCCUGCGGGCCAGGCUUCCAGACCAGGAGGUGAAGCGAGGGACCGACGACUACGACAGUGAAGUGGUGGCUGAGAUGCUGCGCAUGGCUGACAUGUUGGAGGCGGAGCUGGAGGUCCAGAACAAAAUAUUGACGAAGAUCCAAAGCUCGCACCCGGCACUGGGAUCCUGGCGGAAGAAGAAGCCGAAGUCGGCGCCGCCCCCUGUCCCCGUCCCUGUCCUGGUGAUGGCCUGCAACCGGGUGACGGUGCGGCGCUGCCUGGACAAGUUGCUCCUCCACCGGCCUUCGCCCCAGCGCUUCCCCGUGAUCGUGAGUCAGGACUGCGGCCACGCUGACACGGCCGACGUUAUCCGUUCGUACGGAAGCAAAGUCCUGCAUCUGGCGCAGCCCGACCUGACCGACAUCGAUGUCCCGCCAGAGCACAAAAGGUUUCAGGGCUACUACAAGAUCUCCAGACACUACCGCUGGGCUCUCGAGCAGGUCUUCAAGAACUACUCAGCUGUCAUCAUUGUGGAAGAUGACCUGGAGGUGGCGCCAGACUUCUUUGAGUACUUCAGCGCCACCCUGCCGCUGCUGCGAUCGGACCCGCGCCUGUGGUGCGUUUCUGCGUGGAACGACAACGGCAGGGAAGGUUUCGUGGACCCGGCGGGCUCUCGCAUUCUUUACCGUACCGAUUUCUUCCCGGGCCUCGGCUGGAUGCUGCUCCGGGAGCUGUGGGAGGAGCUGGAGCCCAAGUGGCCCGCCGCCUUCUGGGACGACUGGAUGCGUCGGCCGGAGCAGCGCCGCGACCGUCAAUGCAUCCGGCCCGAGAUCUCGCGCACGCUGACGUUCGGCCGGCAGGGCGUGAGCCUGGGCCAGUUCUACGACAAGUAUCUGCGAUACAUUAAACUCAACUCGGACUUUGUGCCUUUCACCCAGCUGGAUCUGACUUACUUGAAGGAGGAGACGUACAAGAAGAGCUUCGUGGACGUAGUUUACGCCGCCCCCGUCGUCGCUUUUGAUGACAUCCAGAACGGGGCGCUAACGGGGGGUGGGCCCUUCCGCCUGCAGUACUCCAGCAAGGAAAGCUUCAAAGCAUUUGCCAAAAACUUGGGCAUCAUGGACGACUUCAAGUCUGGCGUGCCCAGGACUGGCUACAGAGGCGUCGUCACGUUUUUUUCCAGAGGACGCAGGAUCUACGUAGCGCCACCUCCAGGUUGGACCCAGUAUGAUCCCACUUGGAAUUGAUACAAUGGUGGGGGGGGGUUAAUAAGCUCCUCUAGAUGCCACAAGAUGGUGCAAAAGCAAAUCUUAAAAAUCACAUUUUCAAAUUACUUUCCUUAAAAGGGAAUUACACUGGUUUGCAUUAACAAUGUAUCCAAUAGGUCUUGUAAUAUGUACUCUGUUUUGACAAUUUGAUGUUAAAUCCUCUCAUUUAAUAGUGUUUUGAGAAGAUUUUUAUCAACAAUUAUGAAUUUUCUGGCACGCUGCCAUUUUUGCAAGUCACAUGACCUACGUGCGCGGAUGUGACGUGUUAGUGCCGCAACAAAGCCUCCAUUACAUGAGACACUAUUAUGCCCAGCGCUGAUAUCUCGGUUUAUCCUCAUCUGAUAAAGAAAUAGCAGUAUCGGUUGAUCGGGAAGACGGAGGAAUACUUCCAUGCACAGCCGUGAGCUCACGCACGUAACACGUUACAUCUGUGCUCGUAGGUCGCGUGACUCGGGGAAAAUGGCGGCACCCCUGAAAAUUCGUAGUUGUCGAUUUAAAAAAUAAAUAAAUAAAUAAAUAAAAACCUCUCAAAACACUCUUAAAUGAGAGAGGAUUUAACAUCACGUUGUCAAAAUAGAGUACAUAUUACAUGACCUAUUGGAUACAUUGUUAAUGCAAACCAGUGGAUUUCCCCUUUAAAUAAAAACAAAUGUUCAUAAAUUAGUAGUUUUACAAGAAAACAAACGGUUUGAAAAAAAAUUAGGUUACCCUUUAUUGUUUUGGCUCAAGCAAGUAAAUAACAUAAAAAAUGCAAAGGGUGAAAUACAAAGGUUCAGGUUUCUAUUUUUUUGUUUUCUUAAGUGUUUCCCAACUUUUUUUUUUAGGAACAUACUCGACAAAAAGAUACCUCGUGGCGCAUCACCAAAACAAAAUAUAUCAAAAGAUGCACAUGUUACGCAACUUAUUUUAUAAA